GCAGACAUGAAUUUUUUGUGCAAAAAUAUGAAUAUAAAGUAAUUACUCAACAGUUUAGUUUAUGCAUCAGGCUAACAACAACAACAACUGACAUGUCAAGAAAAUUUAAGCAACAACAGAAACAUUUCUAUCAGGAAAUUGAAGAUGAGGUAGAAGAGCAUGGUUGUUACAAUGAAACAAAUGAAAUCUUUAACAGAGACAAAGAUAAGCUGUUUAAUUGUGUGAACAUGAAGAAUUUAUCUCAGUUACAGCGCUUCUUAGAUCAUGGUUUGAACAUCAACAUAACAAAUGUCAACAAGCAAUCACCUUUGCACAUAGCUGCUGGUCACAGCCCCUGUGAAGUGAAUAAAGAAAUCCUGUACAUAUUGAUCAGUUUUGGAUGUGCUGUGGAUACUCAGGACAGGUUCGGGGAGACAGCAUUACAUGUGGCUGCUAAUAAAUCAGCACAAAAUGUACAGAUGUUACUAGAUGCUGGCAGUCCUGUGAAUAUACAAGAUAAUGCAGGGAGGACACCAUUAAUGAUAGCCUGUCGUAGUGAGUCACCAGAGCUGUUGAAUAUUGUACAAUUCUUAUUGGAUAGGGGAGCUAACCCAGCUAUAAAAGACACUAGUGACCAAACUGCAUUACAUGGUGCCUGUAGUAACAGUCAUGAUAGGAGGGCACAGUUAAUCUACAUGCUACUCAAUGCAGGUGCUGAUGCUAAUGUACCUGAUCUUCUAGGUUGUACUCCAGCAGAAAUGAUCUUAGACUCUCCCAGUAUCAAUAAAUGCCCAUCUUAUACACCUGAUGAUGCCAUUAUUAACGUUAAACCUCUGGUUUGCGGUGGAGCCAAAUUUCUAGAUAACCAAAAAGUCACAACAAGAUUUACACAUUAUUAUGGUGUGUUUUCACCAGAUAGACAAAGAAUAACUGUCUUGCAACAUUUGAUAGAUAUAUGUUCUCCAGUUUGUAGAAUAUCCUGCCUUCGUGACCUUAAACAUUAUAUUGAGCAUUUAGAACAUCAGACUGGUGAUACAAAUAAAAUCUUAGACACUCUGAAGAAGAAACUACAAACAGUAAGGACAUUGAAAGAAACUUGUAGAAUUGUUGUCAGAGAUUCUCUACAGGGUAGAAUAUUUGUGAACACAGAUAAACUUAACCUACCUGAUCACUUACAGAAGUUUCUUCAUUAUAGUGAAUGUUUAUGACUAGUUGAUGUUACAUCAUGUUGACAGCCAGGAGAUGAAUAUGUCUGGAGAACGACAUUUGACCUGUCAAUCAAUGUGUCAAAUGUCACACAUUUCCUGUGAAACAAACAUCUUAAUUUCGUCAUCUCAAUUAGGGUAGCUGUUAUAACAUAAAUAUUUAUUAUCUUCUAAUAACAAUGGAAAGUAUUGUUUUAUGUUUCAAUUUAUGACCGUUUAUGCAUGCAAGUUGUGAUCAUGGUAGAAUAUAUAAUUGUAACUGAAGAAAAAAAUUUUGAAGUCAGACUCUUCCUUAUUUCACAUUUUUUAUUUUCUGAAUGAACUUGAAUAGAACAUCACAUGUUAUGAAUAAUAAGUAGUAUAAGCCUAAAUGACAUAAAUCGACUUGCAUACAUAUUUAGUAUCAUUCAGUGAAUUACUGAAUUCAAAAUUUAUAGGUCACCUUUUUGGUUGAUAGUUACAUUAAAGGACAUGAAUGGUGAGAUGUCCGGGGUCCAUCUCUUAGUGCCAGAAAGGGCAGAUGGAACCUCAUUAAGCCUAAAAUACAUACA